UCUGACCUCUGACCUCGGGACAUCGGCGCCGCGUUUCCACGCCAACGGCCGGCUGUUUAAUAUUAACCACUCAGACAGCUCCAUCCAUCACAGCCAAACGAGUGCGCACGCUGCGUUAUCUGAUGCUGGGAGGGCACGAACACACCGGGAGACAGAAGAGGAUAAAUACAGGAGGGCGAGCCGAGCACCGAGACACACGGACAGAGGAGAAGAAGAAGAAGAGAUCACACGGAGGAGAAGAAGAAGAAGAAGAAUAAGAAGAAAUCGCACGGAAAAGAAGAAGUAGCUGAAGGAGAAGAGAAAGUCAAGAUUUGUAGAAUAUUCCUGCAGGAUCUCAAGUCAUUUCUGCGGCGUUUAAUCGUUUUUGGAAGGUGUUGUUGGCCAUGGAGAGCGUGCGCGCCGCCGUCUACCUGUCCGUCUGUCUGUCCGUGCUGACGUCACUCUGUCAGGGCCAGAGGUCGGCCGACAACCCGCUGCCGGCCGCACCGGACGAGCCCGUCCUCCGGCUGGCUGAAGCUCUGCAGGGUUUCCUGGAUGAAGCCGACAGCAGCGCCGGUCUCUCCAUGGAGAAGAAAGCCAGCGUCAUCCCCCGGUGUGAUGUGGGCGAGCGCUGUGCGAUGAAACACGGACCUCGUAUCGGCCGACUGUGCGACUGUCUGCGAGGAGCAGCCUGCAACACCUUCUUCCUGCGCUGCUACUGAACGCACACACACACACACACACACACACACACACACACAACUUGGUCUUCUGUCCUUGUGAAGACAUCAGCGUUAUGUCCUGAUUUAAACCUUCCCAUGAAAACGGUUCACUCUCUGAAGAACUAAUGUCCUCACAAAGAUAGAAGUACACACUCGCACGCAUGCACACACGCACACACACGCACGCAUGCACGCACGCACGCACACACACACACACACACACACACACACACACACACACACACACACACACCUGUCUCACCUGGUUGUCUUUGUUUUACAGUUUCAGUGUCUGUCGCUCAGAUUCAUUUAUUUUUGUUAAAUAAAGAUUCUCCAUAAAGCUGCUGGGCUCCGACGACCUCCUGAUUUAAAUGUACGUUACAUUUAAGGAUUCUCAGCUUCAUCAACACUUAAAACAUAGUUAUUUUCAUUCAUAUUCAUCAGUUUUCAUAUUUCAGAGUUGAUCUGUGUCUGUAGAACAGCAGCUCUAAAAUAAAUGUUACAUAACGUGGAUAUAUUCAAGUGAAGUAUCCAAACAUUGAACUAAAGUAAAUGGACUUGGAGCACAGGGGCUUAUCGGAAACCUUUUGGUGCUUUCACAGAGAGUCGGACACGUGAGUUCUAAGAAUAGGCUGCAGAACAGGUUCAUUAAGUUUGGAGUGCGUCCUAAACUACGGAGAUUAAAACUGCUGCGAUAAUUCUGUUCACUCAUGUCUUCUUCAUGGAGAACUAAACCCAGUUUCCUCCUGUCUGUGUAAAAAUAUAUUCUGAAGUUAUCUAUAGAUUUGAAAACCUUUGAACGUGUCAAAUACGCAAAGCGUUCAAAUACUGGAUCUGUGUGUCUUUGAACGCACCGACAGGGUGAGUGACUGCGUCCAGAUUUUAAGUUGAACAUGAAAGAAGACAUGUGAAGUGGUGAACUUACGUCUUUCUGUCCGUCAGCUGAUCCUCUGUCAGUUCAGCGUGGCCCAAAAGCUGCAGCCGGACGCCAGUUACACGCUAACCCUAACCCCUAACCCUACACGGCGGCCAGAUGUGCUGUGGAAAUGCAACUCAAUCAGCCAAAAAAACACCUGGAAACAGCUGAAAAACAGCCGUGUGAAUGCAGACUCCUGCAGCCUUGUAUUAGUACACUUGUGUACAAAAGUAUCAGCAUCAAAAUCUGUUACUCAAAGUAAAAGUCCUGAUUCUGCAGAAUCACCUAUAUGAUAUUAUUCUAUUCUAACGUCGCAGCUGGUAAAGGUGUAGCUCAUUUUAAUGACUUUAUAUUCUGCUGGGUAACUUUCUGUGUGUGAUUUCAAAGAAGCUGUUGGCUGAAGGAGGAGGGUUUAUAGUUUUCUUCUCAGUUUAUAACAUUGCUGCACCGCUCACUCCGUUCAGUUGUUUUGUCUGCAGUCUGAACUCAGAUCUGUAACGAUGGAAUAAAGAUAUUUUUAUUGCACCAA